AUGACCAAGUUACUGAUCAAAGACGUGCAUGUUUUUGACAGCAACGUCAUUCAAGCUGCUGGGAAUGUAGCUUUUACCAGGUCGGCCGGCAACCUUCACAACAUGAUGGCAGAUACUUCCGAUAUCGAGGCUUCGGAUCAAGUUAUCGACGGCCACGGCUGUACAUUGAUCCCCGGGCUUAUUGACGUUUAUGUCAAUAUCAAGGGUGUGAACGCAGCACUAGGCACCUUCGCUAAUCAUGGUGUGACCACCGUCAUCGAUCUCAGCAGCAGUACUGAGCAGUGCCAGUCAAUGCGCGUGUAUGCCGCUGGCAAGACAGGGCUGCCGACUGUCCUCACUUCAGGCACAGGAGCGGCAACUACAACUACGGAGGACCACCAACUACAGCUGGAAAAUGACCCGGCUACUGCGGUGAUUCGCACACGCGAAGAUGCAGUGGCCUUUGUUUCAGCGAAGUCGAGCGGCCCAGACCGCGCAGACUUUGUCAAAGUUCUCGUCACCCUGCAAUCACACACCGAUGAAAUCCUCAAAACCAUCGUAGAUAUCGCUCACAUACACAAGAAGUUAACUGUGGCCCGCACCAUGGGCAAAGCGUCCUACGAACGUGCUAUGAGGGCUGGUUUCGACAUCUUCGCCCAUGCUCCUCUGGACGCACCCAUAGACGCAGCAACCGCUCAAGAAAUGGCAGCGCAGAGCAAGAUUUUUAUUCCAACGCUUGCCAUGAUGAAAAAACACGCAUCGUCAGGACGGGAAGCCUCAAUCACCACCAGGGUCGCUGCAGACCAGAGACCAUCGCCCAACUUCAUCUCAGACACGCGGAAUUUAGAGAGAGGCAAUAUGGUCCCAGGAGCCACAGUCGGAACCAACUACGCGAACGCGACAGAAAGCGUGCGGACGCUCCACCAAGCCGGCGUGACCAUCUGCGCGGGUACGACGGCGAAUUUGGUGCCAGGGGCUCAGAUGCCUUUUGGCGAGAGUUUACACGAGGAGCUACGCUUGCUUGUUGACGCUGGCAUGCCGACGCUGGAUGUUCUGCGCUCAGCAACCUGUGUUGCCUCCAAGGCAUUCGACCUCGGCGAUCGAGGUUUUCUUCGAGUUGGUUUCAGGGCCGAUCUCGUGCUCGUCGAGGGCAACCCGUUGGAGGACAUUAGCGCCACGCAGAAUGUCAAAGGAAUAUGGAUCCAGGGCGAAUAUAUCGGUCCAUGA